ACCGAAAUACUAACCGCAACGCAAAUCUCUUGUAAUAAUUGUAUCCGUUUAUAAAUUAAAUGACUACUUUAUCAUCAAGUUGUUUUAGUAAUCACGAGCAAAUCGAGGAAACCAACAUAAGCUGUUCCAUUCGAAGCCGGACGCCAGAAAAAUCGUGAUUACUUACUCGACUCGACUAACGGAAAGUUCCAGAAAGCGAAGUACACGCGAAGACAAAGAAAAGAAAAUCGCACUAUUCUUUACUUCCACAUCUCUUCCUUUUCAACAAUAAUUGUAAGUACUUCACUUCUCCUACUCGCAAGUCAUCGAAAUGAGUACGUCAGACUUAAAACCACCUAGGUCCAAGUCGCCUUCUAUAAUUACGCCAACCGACAACGAAUCCACCAAUAUUUUACUUCGCGAUUUAGUUAAAAAACGGGCUAUUGUUAAAGGUAGACUGACACGGUUUUCUUCAUAUAUUUAUGGGUUCGAUCAAAAUAUAGUUUUGUCAGGUCAAACUAAAAUAGAUCUUAAAUUAAGAAUACAAGGCGCAUCAAAUUUGUACACAGAAUUUAACAACCUUCAAACUCAAAUAGAAGAGACAGUCUUAGAGGAGGAUUUAGAAGAGCAGUUACAGCAGCGUGACAACUUUGAAAACAAUUACUAUAGUACUUUAGCCCGUGCUGAAACUCUGCAAGCCAAGGAUGAAGGCAAUACUGCUUGCUCUAAGCGUUGUCAUAGUCAUACUGACUCAAUAAAGUUACCUACUAUCUCAGUACCUACCUUUGAUGGUUCAUGUGGUCAUUGGUUGGAGUUUAGAGAUACCUUUCAAUCGCUAGUGCAUGACUCAACUCAAAUAACUAAUAUACAAAAAUUUCAUUAUCUAAAAUCAUCUUUGAAGGGAAGCGCUGCACUGGUUAUAGACUCAGUUGAGUUCUCGGCUAACAACUACUCGGUAGCAUGGGAGUUAUUGUUAAAUAGAUUUAAUAAUAAUAAAUUACUGGUGCACAGUCACAUUAAGGCAUUAUUUACAUAUCAGACAAUAAAUAGGGAGGCACCAGAUUUAUUAAGGAAUCUUAUUGAUAAUUAUUUAAAGAACCUUCGCUCUUUAAAAAUGUUAGGCGAACCCGUUGAUAGUUGGGAUUCGAUUCUGAUUUACAUCAUAGUUUCUAAACUUGAUAAAACCACAGAACGGGCCUGGGAACAAUAUAGAAACACAAAUUUAAAUAAAUCUGAAGAUUCCUCUUGUCGUCUGAAAGUUGAUAUUUUGCUAACAUUCCUUAAGGAUAGGGCUGACAUGUUAGACACAUUGCAGGCAAAUGUAACUAAGACACAUGAUUUUAAAAAGCAGAAUUCACACACAAAUUCAAAAGUUCACUGCAAUAUUUCUAGCACUAAGAGUAAGGCGCAGGUCACACAGCGGUCUUGUUUCCUUUGCAAGUCAAAUCAUUUUCUAUAUUCAUGUAAUACAUUUUUAGGAUUAGAUUUGAAUGCAAGGUUGAAAUUCAUCCGUGAUAACAAGCUGUGUGAAAAUUGCUUACGGCCUGGUGGGCACACAGCCAGUGAGUGUAGAGCGGGGGCCUGUAGGAAGUGUGAUGAGAAACAUAAUUCUUUACUUUGUACUAAACCUAAAGAAUCAAAUGGUAAUGUACUAUUGCAAACAAUGCCAAAUAAUAGCCAAAACCCCUUGGUGAUGGUUUCAUCUCUCGCUUCAGCCACCACAUCUCAGUCUUUUAGUAGCCAAGAGCCCGCACACACAGAUAUUUUAUGUGCUCAAUACCCCUGUGUACAAAGAGUUUUGUUGUCAACCGCUUUAGUGGAGGUUCGUGAUAAAUUUAAUAAUUACAAGUUAGCCCGUACACUAUUAGACUCCGGCAGUGAACGUUGCUUAAUUAAACAAUCAUUUUGUGAUAUUCUAAACCUACCAGUAAUACAGUCCACUCAAGAAAUUCGUGGAGUUGGAAAUUCAGUCACACAGGCUACGCUAACCUGUGAGAUUGAAAUUAAAUCACGCAUCAGCUCCUAUACUACACACUUACAAUGUAUUGUUCUACCUAACAUUACAUCUACAUUGCCUGCGAUACCUAAGCAGCAAGCACUUUUUAGAAUUCCUAGCAACUUGCAGUUAGCCGAUCCGGACUUUUAUGAAAGUCAAAGUAUUGAUAUACUGAUAGGUGCUGAUAAGUUCUGGGACUUACUUAGCCAAGGUAAAAUGCGUUUACCUACUGGUCCAUAUUUACAAAACACGCGAUUAGGCUGGAUUAUUUCGGGCCCUGUACAUAUGAAUACGCGCAGUACAGGCCACAUCCAGUGUAAUUUCUCACAAGCAAUUAACGAUCAGUUACGUUUGUUUUGGGAGCUAGAGGAACUACCUAAGCCAUGUGAUACGCGCACAGAGGAGGAAAAGGCGUGCGAAGACCAUUUCGUUAAAACUACUACGCGCAAUAGUGACGGAAGGUUUUGCGUUAAUAUUCCCCUUAAACUAUCACCGCAUGAGUUAGGAGAGACGCAUCCUCAAGCCAUUAACAGAUUUUUGUCUUUAGAAAGGCGUUUACAACGCGUGCCUGAAUACAAAAAAUUAUAUAGCGACUUCAUUCACGAAUAUGAAUCCCUAGGUCAUAUGACCCGAAUAGGCCAUAAUUAUGGAACACCGCAUUGUUUCCUGCCACACCAUGGGGUCUUCAGGGAACAUAGCACAACCACAAAAUUACGCGUAGUUUUCGACGCAAGCUUUCCCUCAUCGAACUCGGUGUCAUUUAAUAAUCUCCAGCGCGUCGGACCACCAAUUCAAGGCGAUCUUUUAGCCAUCUUACUGCGUUUACGGCAACACCGAUACGUAGCCUGUGCAGAUGUAGAAAAAAUGUAUCGCCAAAUACUGGUGUCGGAAGAUCAGCGUGAUUUACAGCUGAUAAUUUGGCGUGACAAACCGGAAGAUCCGCUUGAUAUUUUUAAACUUAACACCGUCGUGUAUGGCACUGCAUCUGCACCGUUCCUCGCAGUUAGGUGUCUAAAAGAAUUAGGAUUUAAUUGUCCUGACCCUGAGGUAAAAAGAGUCAUCUUAGAAGACUUCUUCGUGGAUGACAUGAUAACAGGCUUAAAUGAUAAAGAUAAAUUAGUAAAUUUAUGCGAAGAUAUCUACAAGGUCUUGAAGUCAGGAUGCUUUCCAUUACGAAAAUGGAUAUUCAAUUUUGAUUAUGAUAAUUCCAAUUCUAAUGGCAUUAAAGAAUUUGCAGAUGGAAAAGGGGAAUGCAAGACCCUGGGGAUAGGUUGGAACAAUGCUACUGACCAAUUUAAUUACAAUACGAAAUUCAAAAAUGAUAUUAAGGUAUCUAAACGUACAAUAUUAUCACACGUAUCUCAGAUAUUCGAUCCAUUGGGUUUACUUAGUCCUGCCAUAAUAUUAGCUAAGGUACUGCUUCAAAAUUUAUGGUUGUUGAAAACUGACUGGGACGACUCGUUACCCGAUGAUAUUAUCAAAUCGUGGAAUAGUUUCACCGCGAGUUUAUCAGCGCUUCAUAACAUUACCGUUCCGCGACACGUUUUCGGGAUUGAACCAGUGUCCAUCGAAUUACACAUUUUCACAGACGCCUCACAGGUAGCCUAUGGCGCAUGUGUAUACGUACGCACCGUAAAUAAAGAUAACACAGUAUGCAAUAGAUUAUUAUGCGCAAAGGCAAAGGUUGCACCCGUAAAGCCGCUAACAAUACCUAGACUCGAAUUGAGCGGAGCCGUCAUUGGUGCGCGAUUGUAUAAAAAAGUAAGUGAAUCACUUCACUGUAAAUUUAAUAACGUUGUAUUCUGGACAGACUCUACCAUUGUGUUGGGAUGGUUGCGAAUGGCUCCUAGUGCCUUGAAAACCUUUGUCCAGAAUCGUGUAGUAGAAAUUCUCGAAUUAACGGGUGAACUCCCGUGGAGGCAUAUAAGUGGCAAGGAUAACCCAGCCGAUUUAGCAUCACGCGGCGUUCUUCUAAACGAUCUCGCCACUUGUAAGCUUUGGUGGGAGGGACCUCAAUUCCUUCAGGAUCUCACUUUCGAUAUCAUUAGUAAUACUGUUCAAUCAGACACAUCUUCAUAUGAAGAACUGCCUGAGAUAAAACCCAGUUUAAUAUUAAUUUGCACUGAAGAAACUCAGUUGUUUCCAUUUUCUCAUUUUUCUCAGUUCAACCGACUAAAACGCACCUUUGCAUACGUCCUUCGCUUUAUUCAUAAUGCGCGCAAUUAUUCAAUCAACCGACGGACUGGUAUGCUUAAUGUGGAUGAACUGAGAAAGGCUGAACUCGGUCUCGCAAAACUAUCUCAAUUAGAGUCAUAUAGGGAUGAAUAUAACUUAAUAAAUAGAAAAACUACAAAGUCUUUAAAAUCUGCACUGUUAAAAUUGAAUUUAUUUAUUGAUAAGGAACAUGACCUUAUACGUGUAGGUGGUCGUAUUAUGAACUCAACCCAAUUCGAUUAUAACAAAAUUCAUCCCAUACUUCUCAGUUCAAAACAUCAUUUUACUGUUCUUUUAAUGCGCUAUGAGCAUAAGCGUUUAUUUCACGCAGCACCCCAAGCGUUACUAUACGAAGUGCGCCAACAGUGGUGGCCGAUAGGCGGUAGAAAUUUAGCACGUCAGGUUGUUCAUGAGUGUGUCUUGUGCAAGCGAUUGAAGGGUAACACUUUACAUCCACUUAUGGGUAACUUACCGAAAGAGCGAAUAACUCCAACUUACCCCUUCCUCUAUUGCGGUGUCGACUACGCUGGGCCAAUAAUGACACUGAAUCGCAAAGGUAGAGGCGCUAGAACUGUAAAGUCGUAUAUUUGUUUAUUUGUGUGUUUCGUAACUCGCGCGGUACACUUAGAGCUUGUCAGCGACUUAACGUCUGAAUCUUAUAUCCUAGCCCUAAAGCGCUUUAUAGGACGUAGAUCAAAACCCGCAGAAAUCCUCUCAGAUAACGGAAAAUGCUUUAUUGGUGCUAAGAACGAGCUCGGUAGGUUUUUAACAAGAUGCGCCGAUGACAUCUCGGAAUAUGCAACUAGGCAAAACAUUAACUUCAAAUUUAUACCGGCGUACAGUCCUCAUUUCGGUGGCUUGUGGGAGGCUGGAGUCAAAUCCACAAAAUACCACCUCACUCGCGUAGUAGGAAACGCGCAUCUUACCUUCGAAGAACUUACUACAGUUCUUACGCAAAUUGAAUCAAUUCUCAAUUCACGUCCCCUAUCACCUAUGUCUUCUGAUCCCCAAGAUUUCCUACCACUCAGUCCAGCCCACUUCCUCGUAGGAAGAUCAUUGACUGCACCAGUGUACGAAGACAUGCGACACAAUACCAGCACUUACAUCAGUCGUUAUCAACGGGUGGAACAGAUGCGACAUCACUUCUGGGAGAGAUGGUCAAAGGAGUACAUAUCGGAGCUUCAGACUAGAUGUAAAUGGAUGAACGGCGUCGACACGUUGCAGCCAGGCAUGAUGGUUGUCAUUAAAGACGAUAAUCUGCCUCCAUUGAAAUGGAACCUCGGACGCAUCGACGGAGUUGUUCCAGGCAAAGAUGGCAUCUCACGGGUGGCAGAUAUUCGCACGGCAACGGGCAUAGUGAGGCGCUCAUUCGCUAAGAUCUGCCCACUGUUCAAAGAAGAAGAACUUAGGAACCUGACGAUUCCAAGGCCGGGGGCAUGUUAAAGAAACAAAACAGCAAGAACCCAAACAAAAAAAAAAAAAGAGGAUUGACUUUGACAGUUGUCUGUGGACGUCGACUUACUCUAUUGGAAUCUAUCACGAAAUGACGAAAGUCGAAACACCGAAA